AUGUUCUAUGAUGGCUAUGAAAUUAAAAGCGGACAAUUGGAAACGGAUAGUACGAGUAACUGUGAUGGACGAGCAACAAGAGAAGAUGUUUUAGCAGCCGUAGAGCAGGUAGCCGACCAUUUGGAGGAUCAUUUCGGCUGGUCCGAACCCAGCAAAGUUCCAGCUAACCAGCCUCGUCUUGGCCCCGCCCCUCACUUUUCUUUCGAAGUCCAUGGGGAUGAACCAGAUCAUUGGCGAUACGUGAUGAGCUGUAUAAGACAAGAAAUGAGCAGAGAGGAAGCAGCUCUCCGGGAAAUUCGUCAGAGUGAAACAUCAAGUGGGAAAAAGCGGAGUAGGUUCGCUUCGUGGCUGAGUCGGCAAUGGAAAAAAAGAUCCGGUGCACCAAGCACGCCAGUGUCUACGUGGUCUGUGGAUGAUGUAUGCACUUGGCUGAAUUCGCUUGGACUUUCUCAAUAUUCCUCUCAAUUCAAGCAAAAUGAUGUGCGUGGACGAGAGUUGCGAUUAUUAGAGCGAUCCGAUUUCAAAGAUUUAGGAGUAUUCAAGAUAGGACAUGUCAAACGGGUCCAGACAGCUAUAGCUGAACUGGUAGCAAAAGAGGAGGAUGGAAAACGAACGGGAAGAAAGGGAACUUCUCUGUCUUCUGAACGUCCUGCUCCGGAACUACCAAGCAUGAGUAGCGUGUAG